AUGGCGACGAGAAACAUUGGUGGAAAUCGACAAAGCAUGGCCCUCGCGGCGACGGGUGGGCAGAUGAAGUCGAGACAGCUGAGCCAUUUGCACUCGCAGCUCGCGCAGCUGUCGGCCAACCUAUCGGAUACGGAAAACCUGCUGCGCAUGACGAGUGUGCAGGCGGAGGCUAUGAGAGGUUUGGGAAGUUGGCACGGAGCGUUGUAA